AACCACUGAUUUCCCGAAACAGCAAAGACUCCAAAAAGCUCAUAACUUCCACCAGAGACGACUCCAUGACUUCGAUUCUCAACUCUGUCUCCUCUAUCCUUUCCUCCAGAGUUACCUCCUCCGAACGACUCGGAGCUCUCUCCCCCCGGCACUCCGAUUCCGUCGAGUUCACUCGUCGACGUACCUUAUGGUCUACGUCGGACUUCAAAACUUCUGGGCGGAGGUUGGUUGUGCGUGCGGCGGAGACUGACACUGAUAAAGUUAAAUCUCAGGUACCGGACAAGGCACCAGCCGGUGGUUCAAGCAUUAACCAGCUUCUUGGUAUCAAAGGAGCUGCUCAAGAGACUAAUAAAUGGAAGAUUCGUCUUCAGCUUACAAAGCCAGUCACUUGGCCUCCAUUAGUCUGGGGAGUUGUCUGUGGUGCUGCUGCUUCAGGGAACUUCCAUUGGACUCCAGAGGAUGUUGCUAAGUCGAUUCUUUGCAUGCUGAUGUCUGGCCCAUGUCUAACUGGCUAUACACAGACAAUCAACGACUGGUAUGAUCGAGAUAUUGAUGCGAUUAAUGAGCCGUAUCGUCCUAUUCCAUCUGGAGCAAUAUCAGAGCAAGAGGUUAUUACACAAGUUUGGGUGCUGUUACUGGGAGGUCUUGGAAUCGCUGGAACUUUAGAUGUGUGGGCGGGGCAUACAACUCCCACUUUGUUCUAUCUUGCUUUGGGAGGAUCCUUGCUCUCUUAUAUAUACUCUGCUCCACCUCUUAAGCUAAAACAAAAUGGAUGGGUUGGAAACUUUGCACUGGGAGCAAGCUAUAUCAGUUUGCCAUGGUGGGCUGGACAAGCAUUGUUUGGCACUCUUACACCAGACGUCGUCGUUCUAACACUCUUGUAUAGCAUAGCUGGGUUGGGAAUAGCCAUUGUUAAUGACUUCAAAAGUGUUGAAGGAGACAGAGCAAUGGGACUUCAGUCUCUCCCUGUAGCUUUUGGCACUGAAGCUGCAAAAUGGAUAUGCGUUGGUGCUAUAGACGUUACUCAACUCUCUGUUGGCGGUAUGCAGAAUUUUGUUCAGCUGUGGUGCUUGAUCUUAUCAACUAGAAGGAUUGAAUGAGCUAAUGAAACUGAAUGGAGUUCCUUGGUUUUUGGGGACCGCAGAGAAAUGAGCUUAUGAAGAGCAUUUGUUUUUAUGUUUCAUGUGUGUGUUUGAUGGAUAUCAUCAUUUAUAAAUGUCUAUCUGGUUGCAGGAUAUCUAUUAGCAUCUGGUAAACCUUAUUAUGCGUUGGCGCUGCUUGCUUUGAUCAUUCCACAGAUUGUGUUCCAGUUUAAAUACUUUCUCAAGGACCCUGUCAAAUACGAUGUCAAGUACCAGGCUAGUGCACAGCCGUUCUUGGUGCUUGGCAUAUUCGUGACGGCAUUAGCAUCAAGUCACUGAAAGCAAAUGUGCUAUUCCGAACCAUAAAUUUUGGUUAAGUGGUUGCCUCGACUAGUCUUAAGACAUUGUAAAACAUAAUGUAUGUACCAUCAUUAGAACACAACUCUUGUUGUAUCAAGCUACCCAAAUCGGGUGAAAGUGAGAUCGCUAUGUAAGUGCUUCAGUGGAAAUGCGUUUCUUAUGUUCCUUCUAGGACUCGGGUUAUCAAUCUUCAUGGUCGCGAGGAAAAAGAACUAAUAAUGUCUUGGGAGAUCUACAACAAAGUACGCUAAGUCUUGUUACUUUCAAGUCUGCUUAUAUGUUUUCUACUGAUUGUUAACAAGCAAAAUUUAUGUACAAUCUCAAACAUAUAUAGACUCGUUGAAUGUUGGGGCAGCACAACAAUUGUCACCCUCUGAGUAAAUAGCAACGACUGAAACCACUUCUCACCCACAACAUCAUACAUUUGACACCAAAGCUUCAAGAGAGG